AUGAAAGCAGUGCCAACAAUUGUGAGAAACCUCGGAACAAUCAACUCCGCUACAGGUAUAGGCUUUUCUUCUGUGCCAGAUCAGGUAAGGGAGCGAUCAAUUGCCAAUGGAUUUAAGUUGAACGUGCUAGUUGUCGGAAGGCGUGCGCUAGGAACCUCUACGCUGAUCAAUUCUAUAUUUGCUGCUCCGUUGGUUGAUAAAAACAGGCCCAACUCAAUCACCAUCACAAAGAAUGAAAUCAUAGAAAACAACAUUUCGCUCGACGUGUCCAUAGUUACAUAUCAUGAGCUCGACAUGACGCCCGUCAUUGAAUACAUAGAUGCAAUGAACAAGGAUUAUUUUGAGAACGAGCAGGGUCCAUACAAGACAUUCAAGGACAACAGAAUACACGCGUGCUUAUAUGUUCUUCCAUCAGAUUCGCUAACUGUGCAUGAAAUAAACAACAUGCAUGCUCUCUCCCAAAAAUGCAAUCUUGUGCCUAUAAUACCAAAAGCAGACAUGUACACGUCCGAGGAGCUCAUGCAAGUCAAGCAAAACGUAAAACACCUUCUGUUUGAAGCCAACAUUCAUUUGUUUGUUCCGUACGUAAGCGAAAACGACGGAGAUUUAGCCGCCGAGCUCAUGGAUAUAAUCGAUAAUAUGCCAUUCGCCGUGAUUGCCAGCGAAACCUUGUAUGAGCAAGAUGGCGACAUUAUCCGAGGAAGAAAGUAUCCAUGGGGAUUCAUCAACAUAGACUCAGAAGACUGCAACGACUUCAAAAGACUCCAAAGGCUGCUUAUCUACACAAACCUUGAUGAGCUAGUCACACGAACAAACCACACAUUCUACAACAACUACAGAGCAAAAGUAUUCGAUUUAGAAAACGGGUGUGGUGCAAUGAAGGAGGCAAGAUAUCUGAAGCUACGUAAGGAAAUGAUAAAAAUUCUUAAUGAAAAGUACGAAGCCAAGAUAAAUGCACUCAAGAAAGAAGAGGCAGAAAUGGACAGGCUCUUUAGCAGCCAAGCAAACGAAUCAAACGGAGCCUUACAUGAAAUACGAGACCAAAUUGAAAAGUCGCUUCGAGUAGAGUAG